UUUUAUUGACCUCGUUCUUCAGUGCCAACCACAGCAGCACCCACCUCAGAAAUUCUCUAUGUCACCUGAUUGACUAUCGGCAUCAGAAGGUUGGUGUCAUUCUGUCGGACAAUAUUUUUAAGAUAUUUUUUUUUGUUUUGCUCGCUGUUGACGGCUGACCAGCGUCUUCGUUUGCUGCUCCGUCACCUGUGAAGGAAGCUUUCACAGAAGGUGACAGUGAGUCAAGAUGUUCAACAUCUCACUGCGGAUGAAGUAUAUAAACCAGAAUUUCCGUGAUGCGUGCUUGCUUUCUGACCAUGUCUUCCAGGCUCUCCAUUCUUUCAGAUGUAAGUUAUCUUUUGUAUUUCUUUACUGACGUCGUCCACAAGAAUAACGAAAAGCUGUCUUUUAUUACUUAUUUUAAUUUCUUCUAAGUGUUCAAAAAAUUUCCAUUCAAUGUAAAUAUAGAUUACACGCACGCACGCCACACUUGCCUUCGUGGUAAGAAAGCAGGUGUCCUUCUCUCAUGCUUUUCUUUGCUUAUCUCAUCCUUGAUAGUGAAAGGUCUUUCGUGUGGCCGAAGCUCAGAGCCAUAUCACAGACCUGAAAGAAACAUUUAGAGAGAAGUAAAGUAAGUAGUAUUCCGGACUUUAGGAUGAGGCCGGCUGUCAUUUUCUUACUUUCUGCUGUGACAGGAUGUGUUCUCGCAGGUGUUAAUGAGCAGAUGCUGAAACAUGGAGGGUGUGAAACACAGGAGGAUAAAAUAGAAGGUCUUGUGGGCAGAUUGAGGGAACUUGAAGAUAUCGUCAGAAAUCAAGCACAGGUCAUUGAAAAUAUUCUUUCUGAGAAACAGAAAACAACUGCUCAAAUCCAUGAAACACUGUUCCCGCUAGAUGGCAUCGUUCCAGAUGGUCUUGAAAUUGAAAAAGGUGCUGUGCGUCCGUCACUACAGCUGGGAGAAGAAAUUAUUGACAUCCAAAAACAAAAGCCUGGUGUCUUUGUUAGGUCUGAUGACAGUGACCCUCUGGUGGCGGUCGUGACUCAGUUGACAGAAAAGGUCAGCGAGGUCAGUGCCGGUCUGCAGGCUCUGAAGAGCGAGAUGACUGAAACUUCCACGUCUGUCUUUGUGCGGUGGGGAAGCUCCACGUGUCCAGACUCUUCUGUUCUCGUUUACUCUGGUGAAGUCGGGGGGUCUUAUUAUACAUUUCCAGGAGCAGCAGUCAACUACCUGUGUCUGCCACUCUCUAAUGUCACCUUGUCGGACAUCACGGUGAACAACUUCGCGCAUCUUUACGGAGGAGAGUAUGAAACACUUGAUGGACACUAUCAAAAAGAUCCCAUGUGCGCGGUGUGUCGAUCUUCACGUGCCAAUAAUGUGAUGAUCCCGGCGACGACUGUGUGUCCGUCUGGCUGGACCUCGGAGUACAGCGGGUGGCUGAUGGCAGGAGAUCCACAUCACAGCGCUGCCUCUGAAUUUAUCUGUGUGGACUCCAAGAUGGAGGAGAGGAUAGGCAGCGAGAAAGACAACAAUGGGAAGCUCCUGUAUUACACGUCUACCGUGUGUGGGAGCCUCCCAUGUCCUCCCUACGUUAACGGAAAGAGGGUCACGUGUGUCGUCUGCUCCAGAUAGAC